CUCAACUGCAAUUUGUGUGCAGUUGUUCGGUCUCCUAGUUUUAAUUGUUUAAUUAAUUAUAGUUAAGCUAAAUUUGGUGCUAAACACGUAUAUUCAACUAAAUUCUUAUCACAAUAAACUUGUGUUCCUCCUAUUUGUAUUUAUAUUAAUACAGUGCGUAAUAUAUCAUUUUGUUUAUUACAUCAGCGAGAAAAUUCGCUUGUCCACUAAGUUUAUACUCUGAUGGCCGAAGGUGAAACUGCCAACGACAAAAGCAUAAAAAAUGCUGAUAAUUUUUGUAUAACCGCGACCAACAGCUCUUCUAUAAAUAACGCUGUGUUGGGUGAAAAGUUAAGAAAGAUUACAGCACUUUUCUUCGACUUGGACAACACUUUGAUUCCCACGCGUUCGGGUGAUUUGAAAGCAGUCAAAAAGUUAAGUGAAGUGCUUGAAAAUCAAUUUGGUUUAUCGAAAGAGGAGGCCAACACCGCUACUCAAUCUUUCCUGAAAGCAUUUCGUCGCUGCCCAGAUAACUCGCAAACGUCAUUAGAUUCCUGGCGUACAUAUUUAUGGCGUGAAGCACUACCACCACGCUACAAACAUUUGGCUGAGCAAAUCUACCCAAAAUGGUUGAAAUUACGUUAUCGUUAUUUGGCGCUAUCCGCCGAUUACAUACAAAUGCUUUGUCGUGCUCGUGAGUCGAAUUUUCUAUUGGCCCUCAUUACCAACGGACCAUCCAAUGCACAGUGGGAAAAGAUAAACAAGUUGCAUGUAAGUCAAUAUUUUGAUUGCAUGCUAGUGUCAUCAGAUCUUCCGUGGGAGAAACCAAAUCCGCAAAUAUUCUAUGCUGCAUGCAACUACUUAGGAGUAGCUCCAUCGCAAUGUGCAAUGUUUGGAGAUAAACUCGAGUCCGACAUUAAAGGUGGUAGUCUAGCGGGACUUAGUGCUACAUUUUGGAUACCAUUGAAUGCAGGCGAAAUUGACUUAAACGAUGUACAACAUAAGCCAGACUUUACUCUCAAGCAAUUGUUAGAUUUAUAUAAAUAUUUUCCAUCACUAAAUAUCACUAGAAAUGUGCGUGCGAAUUCAAAUAGUCAUACAAACGGCACAAAUGCACAAUGUAAUACUGGAACAACAUUCUCCUUAGCACAUGGUGUUAACGGUGCUUCAGCUGUUCUACCUCAGUAUCGUCGUAGAGGUAGUCAAAUUAGUCAUAGUCGAACCAUAAGUACCUGUUACAGUGAUCUUCAACGUCAUCAAACACAUCAACAACAACCAAAUCAAUUUGGACAAGUACAGAACGAACAAGAAUCGCAUGACGAAUGGUUUAAUGAACGUUCGAAUCAAGAGCAGUGCAGACAACGACGUGGUGGGUCAUUACCAACUAUGGAUUAUUUGAAUAGUGAAGCAGAAAAUAGCUCGGACAGUUUGUUUAGCUAAAUAAUUAA